AUGCAGCCACCAACCACAGUUAAAGCAGUCCGUAGUUUCCUAGGACAUGCAGAAUUCUACCGGCGCUUUAUAAAGGAUUUCUCAAAAAUUGCAAAACCUUUAACUAAUUUGUUAGCUAAUGAUGUUCCUUUUGAUUUUGAUUAUGACUGUUUGGAUGCGUUCUGCAGGUUGAAACAUGCAUUGAUCACUACACCAAUAAUUCAACUACCUGAUUGGGAGUUGCCCUUUGAAAUUAUGUGCGACGCGAGUGACUACGCGUUAGGGGCUAUGCUUGGGCAGCGAAAGGAAAAGAGAUUAAAUGCAAUCUAUUAUGCAAGCAAGGCAUUAGACGAAGCCCAAGUUAACUAUGCCACAACAGAAAAAGAACUCCUGGCGGUUGUGUUUGCUUUCGACAAAUUCAGAUCCUACCUUGUUGGCUCCAAAGUGAUAGUAUACACAGAUCAUGCUGCGAUCAAAUAUCUUUUAAGCAAAAAGGAUGCAAAGCCAAGGCUAAUCAGAUGGAUUCUCCUCCUUCAGGAAUUCGAUCUUGAGAUUCGUGAUAAGAAAGGUGCAGAAAAUGUAGUAGCUGACCACCUCUCAAGAUUACAUCAGGUUGUGGACAAGAAUAGAGAGAAUGAGCUGGCUAUUAACGAUGCAUUUCCUGAUGAACAGCUGCUGAGAAUUUCCACAAUUGAAGCUCCAUGGUAUGCAGAUUUUGUGAACUACCUAGUUUGUGGAAUUCUACCACCAGAUCUGAAAUUCCAGCAGAAGAAAAAGUUCUUUUCAGACUUGAGACACUAUUUUUGGGAUGAACCAUUUCUUUACAAGAGAUGUGCUGAUGGAAUACUUCGAAGAUGUAUCCCCGAAGAAGAAGCAGAAAACGUCCUGUUCUAUUGUCAUUCUUCAUCUUAUGGUGGUCACUGUAGCUCUUCAAAAACUGCAACCAAAAUACUUCAAGCUGGGUUCUAUUGGCCUACACUUUUCAAAGACACGAGGAGAUUUGUACUUGCUUGUGAUCGUUGUCAAAGAACAGGAAACAUUUCAAGGAGACAUGAAAUGCCUCUUAAUUACAUCCUUGAAGUGGAAAUCUUCAAUGUUUGGGGAAUAGAUUAUAUGGGGCUGUUUCCAUCUUCAUGCAACAAUAGAUAUAUUCUUGUGGCUGUAGAUUAUGUCUCCAAAUGGGUUGAAGCUAUUCCGUCCCCAACAAACGAUGCCCGAACUGUAAUUAAGCUCUUCAAACGGGCAGUCAAGGCUAUCAAUUUUGAUAUGAAGACAGCUGGAGAAAAAAGGAAACUUCAACUACAAGAACUGGAAGAAUUAAGAUUGGAUGCCUACGAGAACUCAAAGAUGUACAAGGAAAGAACCAAAUUAUGGCAUGACAAGCAGAUUUUUCGUAGAGAAUUUCGAGAAGGAGAUUUGAUCUUGCUUUUUAAUUCUCGAUUCAAGCUUUUUCCAAGGAAAUUAAGGUCAAGAUGGUCAGGACCUUUCAUAGUGACCAAGGUCUUCCCGUAUGGCGCUGUUGAAGUUCACAGUGAAACAACAGGCACUUUCAAGGUUAAUGGGCAAAGACUGAAGCAUUAUAUUGUUGGAGAAAUCAUUGAGGAAGGGAGAACUUAUGCUCUCCCAAACCCCUCCCAUCACUAA